UACAGGCUGCGGGGAUUCCCAGAGAGUUGUUUCUCAGCUGGUCGUCGCGCGGGCAGAGCUCGAAUAUGUAAUCUCUUUUACAGCCGGUUCGCCCGUACUUAUCUUUCUUAAUACCGGUAUCUCUGGCGUUCCUCUUGUCUCAGGAGGAACACCGUAUCAGGUCACUUUCUGUUCCGCCGCCAUUCCCAACGAUCGCCUACUCGAUCCGUAGGAGUGCGCUAGGCUUACUGCGGUGUUUACUUCGGACUACUCCGGCAGUGGAGCGCGAAACCGUAGGGCGUUCUCCGCGGCUUCGUCUCGCCUCGGUUCUGGUUUUCCCGUGAAGAGACCGGUCUCCAUCUACUGAAGAUGGUGCAAACGACGAACCGAGGUUCUGGCCAUUCAUCGAACCAGAAGGGCGGCAUUCGCGUUUACAAGAUCGUAGUUCUCGGCGAUGGAGGCGUGGGAAAAAGCGCACUGACGCUUCAGUUCGUGACUCACAGCUUCUUGGAAUACCACGACCCGACCAUCGAGGAUGCCUACCAGCAGAAGACUGUCAUUGAUGGAGAAGUGGCACUAUUGGACAUUCUGGACACUGCUGGCCAGAUUGAAUUCACAGCUAUGCGGGACCAAUACAUGCGCUGCGGGGAAGGUUUUGUCAUAUGCUAUGCCAUCACAGACCGUAGAAUGGAGGAAGCUGCCGAGUGCAGAAAGCAGAUUGAGCGUGUCCGCUGUUCAGAGUCUGUGCCCAUGGUUCUGGUUGGCAACAAAUGUGACCUGGAAAGUUCUCGCCAGGUUUCCACCGAGGAAGGGCAGGCGUUGGCGCGACAGAUGAACUGCCCCUUCUACGAGACCUCAGCCGCGCUGCGUCACUUUGUGGAUGACGUGUUCCACACGCUGGUUCGCGAGAUCCGGCGCCGGGAGAAGGAGCGACAGUUCCUGCUUCGGCGGGCCGCCCGCAGGAAGGCAUCCAGCGAGCGGUGGCAAGCCUUCACACACGCCUGCCGCUCCCUGCUUUGCGUGCGCGGAUCUGGGGACGCGUCGUCUCACUCCUGAGCGUGCACUGUUUUUUGUUUGACCCUCCCCUCUGUUGGCCCGUCCAAGGCUUUGUUGUUGUCUUCUGCCCUAGGCCAACACUUGUUUGACCAUUGUGCAGCCAAGCAGCGUCGCGUGGUGGCCCGGGUUUCCACUGCUACUACUGCUGGUCGGUUUGCCGUUGAACAAAUGUAAGGCAGCUAGCUAGCAGUGGCGCCUGUAAAUCGCUGCUCAACCAAGUUUCAGUUUUAUUGCUGACAGGCUUCAGGUUGCAAUGUGUUAACUGUCAUCUUGUUCGCUAUUGCCUCUAGUUGCAGAAUUCAGAGAGAGAUUAUGUGGUUAGGAUGAUUGGGAAAGCUCAGUAGGACUAGAAAGCUUGCUGGAGGUACAGUGUUUCAAAGACGUCUCAUGUUGUAGGGGACAGUUUCUACAGCUGUUCAUGCAGUUCACAGCAUUCGAGGCAGCUCAAGUUGCUGGUGCUUUUAUCAUUUACACUGAAAUAAGACCGUUUACUAAAAAUGUGCAUAAAGCCCAUGCAGGACAAGGCCUAUCUAGUCCUCUUGAUGAGCAACUGUGUUUGCUGUUGCAAUUUUAGAUUACAAUUAAGAGAUGUCAUUUCUCUGCUGACCAAAUUCUAGUUUGAUGAGGGCAGGCUUGUCACCAGUGCUUUUUGUCACGUGGAGUGACUUAGAGGCUUUGCUGCUUCAUCUCGUAACAUGAAAGUAAAUGUACUUCACUUUGUGUUCACUUCAUGUGGUAAAUUUCCACACUCUUAGGUACUGGUAGCACAGAGAACGAAAGCAUCUACGAUUUUCGUCUAUGUUAACAAAGAUAUUUUGUUUUCAUUGGGGCAUGUCUAACGUUCGAGUUUAUAGAAAAGAAGUUGUGCUAGUCCUGGGGUAGCGAUUUUAUUUUCAUCUUUUCAGAACUUCACAUGAUGUAACAAAGGAAGCAUAAAGCUCAAGUUAUUUCAGUCAUAAGUCACAUGUGUGCUUAUAACACUUAGUUAAGCUGUGUUGCAUUUGCAAACAACUCCUGUCCUCUAGUGCAGUGAUUCUCAAAUUCAUGUCCACAGGCGGACUAGUGGUCUGUGAAGGCAUUUCUGGGGUCAUUGAAGCAAAUGAAGCGAAGGUGCGUCCUGUUAGAUGGGUGACAUGACCAAGUGUUACUUUGUGCUCCCGUGGAAUUACUCGUGUCACAUGCAACAAUGUCCACUCUUAUGGGAAAACGCCUUAAUUAGUAUAGGCAAUUUUAUUUUUCAGUCAUGGGCACCACCAUCCUGGGCUGUUACACGAACGGUCUCUCAGUUUCGGUGCUCUUUGAAACAAAGGUUCGAAACACCAAAUGUUGUUGAUCUUGUAUAUGAAUUGGCCUUAUGGUAUUGUGAAUUGGUUGUUACCAUUAGAAAAUACUUGUGGUAACAGCUUUCAACUCUUGACGCUUUCGUAAAGUGGUCUGACCUAUACGGCACCGAAGAAUGAAAGGUUCCUAAAUAGCGCUAACAAGACAAGGACAGACAUGGCAAUGACAGCACACAGUGCUGUGUUGUCAUUCUUAUGUCUGUCCUUGUCUUCUUUUAGCACUUUUUAGGAUCCCUGUAGUAUAACAGACCAACUAGCCCAUAUUACCGCCUUGAUGAAAGGUUAAUCUGUGGGCUUCCAUCGCAGAUUUAAGUUGCCAUGAGCGCUUGAAUACUGAUGGGGUGUUCCCUCUGAUAAUGGGACAACUGUAUACAAGUCAUUCCCCUUCUGGUGUCGCUUAAAAUUUCACUUGCUGUAUAUUACAACGGUGUGAGCGCAACAUAUAUAGCAAUGGUGCAAGUGUAUUUCCAGUUCUUGUUACUUUUUUUUUUUUUUUGUAUACCCAUCUCGCAAUUUUUUUUCCACAUGUGUAUAUUGCACACCUGAAUAUAAAGUUUAUUGAUGAUUCCAGAUGUGUAUGAAUUCAAAGCUUUUGUGUAAAAAUGAUAGAACUCUAGCACCUUGUAAUAUCGGAAAACGUUUGGUACCGCUUGCCGAGAAGCCAUUGCAUGUAGACAUUCUCCUGUGGAACGUCUCAUGACCAAAGAGGAAACUCAUCGCAAUGUUUAAGUGUAAUAAGACAAAGGCUUCUUACUAUUAAAUUCAAAAUGGGCAGGGGUACACGUGGAGGAGUCGGAGGCUGGUCCUUAGCAAGUUUUGGAAAAAGUUCUUCAGGCUUAACAAUCGUCUUCAGAACUUAAAUGGCUAAGAUGGGGAAUGCAUUGUAGACUCUGUUGUUCAACUUUCUCUGCUUGCAUUUAAAUAGGCAUACUGUUUAAGGCAUACCACCCAUUGUAUUUUUAAUCGUUUUCUUUUUUUGUGUGUUUGUUUCUCGGAACAAAUUUAAAAUAUAUGGUCUGAAUUUGACGCUCCACCAAUUCCGCUUGAUUAUUUGUAUGGCAGAUUACAGUGCUCAUUUGGUUAACAUAUUUCCAGUUAAUGUUUUUUCACAAAAAAGCCUCGCCUGCCCACAGUGGGACAAAAUUAAGUGAUGAGCCAACGUCUUUCACAGAGCUUUGUGGGUGGUUGCCUCAAAACUAAAUUUCUGGCUAAAUAAAUAUGAACUGUCUGAAUAAACGUGAACUGUCUGGCUUUAAUUCUGCAAGAGAAAUAUGGGUCCCAAAGUGAAAUAUGAAAGUUAUUUGGUGGCAUUUUCCUAAUUAGCCAAGUCAACUGUGCGAUUUUUCGUGAAAGUAACGUCCAUCUCUUCAAGCAAACCACCUGAGGAUGCCUAAUUGCAAAAUUUGCUGCAGGUGUUUUUCUUUAUCUGUUAUGCUUGCAAUACCUAUUUUGCGGUGCUUGGCUUGUACAUUGCAGCUCGUCUAUGAUGUUGUUAAUUAUGGGGCUUCCUGCUGCAGCACCCUGUUGUCGGAAUUGCACAGGCUAUCGCUUGUAACAAGUGUAGAUUAGGUUCCUUGUGCUCUAAUGAUGCAAGAUAAAAAUAGCACUGUCCACAUGGCCGACAGGAUUUCAUUGAAUUUUACUUUUGGUAGUGUUAUUGAAUUUUGCCGGGAAGUGCAAAUUGUUUCAAAGUCAUUGUUUAUGGAGCGCCCUAUUUGUAUGUAUACAUCAAUGCAAGUUGCCUGACGAGUGGAUGUAGACCCUCGCUCUCACAUUUUUACAAACAAUGACAGUUCAUGUAUACGUACAAGAUAUAUCACCUACCACUUUCCUUUAUCUUUCUUUUAUUCAUAGUUUUCAAAGUGUACUAUAGUAGAUUAUUAGAAUACUUGAGUAUUGUGGAGCAAAGCUUGCACGAAACGCACGCUGCAGUGAUGGUAUGGAAAUGCGUAAACGAAUUGCGCUGGACACACUACAUGAGUCACGUACAAAGCUGCAAAGCUUGUUUGAACGUUAGUAUCGUUGUUACUAUGUGACACAUUGUUCAGUGCUGUAUGGUUGUUAGCAUUGUGGUUUAGCCCAGGUUAGUUCAGCACACUAUUAUCAUCGUUAAGAAAACUUGUCGAAGUCCAGCAGUGAGCAUAGCUUGUUAGCAAAGUGCUUAGGGCUCCUUGCAAAUGCUCCCUCUGAGAAUUUACAGUGAUAGAUUUGUAUUCACAGACUGUGUCUUGGUUUGUGUUUAUUGUCGUAGUGAAGGGCUGUAGGUUUUUUUUAACCACUUGGUGUUACUUUAACUCCACCGAAAUCUCGGAACACAGCCGUUUUGGCACGUAAAACCCCAGAAAGAAGCCAUUCUCGCAUUCCAAUGCAGUUGGAGUGUAGCUGCUGUGGCUAGGAAUAGAACCUGCGACCUUGUGUUGAGCAGCAGAAUGGCCAGUGACAUGGCCACUGAGACACUGCAAUAGGUCUGUUAGGAGUUAAUGAAUGUUGUACAGAAAUAUUACCUGUUUAAUGCCAGUAUGCUUCAGUCAUGGAAGCUUUCACACAACUCUUUUGGGGGGUGGGGCACUUCAUAACAGCUCAAUGCCUGAAAUUGCCAGUGUGCAUGUUAAAGGUUGUGUAAUAUAAGCUACACAUUAAGCAUAAUCACAGGUCUUCACAUCGUCUAGUGCCUUUAGUCUGUGCAUCUGUGCACUGAAAUUUAAUGUGGGCAACUUAUGCGGAACAUGUCUACCAAUUCUGUCUAGGUCGAUGAGGGUCUCUUUGAUCUCAUGGUGAUCUCUUUUACUCUCAUGUGAUCAAUUCUUUUAGUGCUCAGACCUUAACAAAGUGCAAAUCUGCACAGGAAUUUUCAACAAUUAAUGCUUCCUUCAUGUUUUCCGGUGCUACAAGCUUCCGAGAUGCAUAUUUCUUAUGACCUUUCCCGAUAAACACACGGAAACAAUGUCUUCUAGGGACUUUGUGUGUGCUGUAUAUCAGUACUUCAUCACGGUGGCAUUUAGAGCUACAGGGCUCAUUUUCAUAAACUUAAAUAAUCUGCAAGCCAGGCUCCUUAAAUGGUUCGUUUGUCUUGAGCUUUGGAAAAGUCAGUUGGAAACGAGGUCCUUUGAGGUGAUGGACAAUGAUUGGGUGGCAUUAUCAUCCGUCUGAUCAUAGAUAAGGCAUACAGGAACCACUUGUAAGAGGCAUGAUCAAGAUAUUGCUUAUUUUACCAGCUGACUAGUCUACAGCUUUCAGAUAUUUUCAGAAGGACUGAUAUUUCUGUUAGUGCUUUUAUGUUGAGACACUGCUACUUUAGACAGUCCUAAUGAAAUGCUCCUACUGUAGGCAUUAUUUGAAAUGGGCUGAGGCUGCUGUGUCUGCAUGAAGUGUGACUGUGCUGCAUGGUAUAUCAUGCAAUAGUUAAAUCGUAAGAGUGCAUCGUCUGUUGUCGGGAAGAUGUGGACAGAUGUCUUCCAGGCUUCCCUGACGGUCUUGCUGCCUCAACCAUGUUACUAGAAGCAAAGCAUGCAUAGUCUAGUCAUGGACGCACCAGUCCUUUUACAGGGUUACAAGUGGCAGACAUUUAACAUUAAGUGAUGGCAUUACUGGAGGGAUGCAAAAAAUAGUGAGAUUGGUAGAUUACACUUUCGGUAUAUUAAAUAGGUCAUUCCUAGUGCAGGUGUAGCAAGUCUAGCAUUCCUAGUGAGUGUAGCAGGUCAGAGAAGCACACUUGCACAGAUGACAUGUUGCAGGUGACACCUCUUGAAAUUCUGGCACCAGCGUCUGUUGCAUUUGAUUGGAGAUUUUGCAACAUCUGCUUGAAGCGAGUUCAGAAAUUUUCAAGUGAGAAAAAGGGUCGUGUUGCAUUCAAAGAUAAGCAAAACCUCCACGUGGCAACUUUUCUAGACUUUUCCUGCACAGAUAUGAAUGCUGCGACACCCACAACAUCACUGCAGUGACCAUGAGCAUCAGAAUUGCGAGGGAAAAUUAAAAAGGGAUGGUUUGCCCUUACUUACCACUUCUGGUAAUGAACCUUUUUACCUCUGGCAAAUGCUAAUGGAGUUCUGAAGAUAUAUUCUACCUUUCUAAACCGAUUUAGUUGCUCUUUUUAGUGUCCCUUUAAGCUUAAUGUUUUCCAUCAAGGUUUAUAACCAUGUGGUUGACCUAUACUCUUGAUAUAAAGACAUCGUAGAGACUUUCUCAGCCAAUAUAGGAACAUAUUGCCAUCAUCACCUUUUUUUUAUUUUUUUGUGCAUCUUACAACGUUGUGCUUCUUCAUCCAAGCCUUCCGAUUGUUUGUGUGUACGAGGAUUGAGAAUGUUGUUAAACUAUUUAUGGUGUUGCUUUAACUGUGCUUUUUGAGUGUGUUUGUCUGCAGCGAAAGCUCGCUGGCAGAGAGAAUGGGAAAAUUGCUGGAAGCUGCAAUGAAAUGUGCAAUUUAAUCAUAUUUUGCGUCUGUUGCCACAAUUUUUCUUGCACUAUGUUAGUUGCAGCAUCCGCGCAACUCCCAAGUCAGUACAUAUUUGCAAGAAUGGCACUUUAUAGACUACUUUUCUAUAUGUAGCAGGUAGGGGCAUUCAGUUUGCAUUUGGUUGUGAUAUGAUCGUUUUGCAUUACGUUUUUUUUUUUUUUUUUUUUCAGUGAAGUAGUAGUACUACUCAGCACAGAUUUGCUCCCAUAUGCCUAUUUCAACUUCUACAAGGUCCAGUCCCUAAUACGCUGUAACUAUAGUAGCUGCUUGUUUAAGGUAUCUUUGCUAUGGUUUGACCGCCUUGUUCCUGCGGCUGACGUUGAACAUGCAUUGUAUGCGAGGGUUGUGCAAUAUGUGGCCAGUCAUUGGCUCCCUAGAGCAAAAGUUGGCGAGGUAUAUUCACGGUCUUUUACCCAUUUUCUUAGGUACGUUCGAUGUGGAUGUUUGAUGGCCAACUAUAGUUAUUUACACUUAGUGCAGACAGAGAAGCUACACGGCUGCUAUUUAUGAGAGUUGUUGGAAGUGCACGUUUGCUGUUGAAAACCUUCUUUGUGCAUGUAAAGUGUUUCACAUAGUUUCAUGUUCAGCUUCCCGGGGAAAUGUCUCUGAAAGUGUAGCCUCCACUGUUUUCUCAGUCAUGAAGGCACAAUGUACCUGUUUCACGGAUGUCCAAUACAGAAAAAUAUACGAAA